UCGUGGCAUGAAAAUGAAAAAUAUAAUGCCGAUUUUACUAAUUCCAUCAGUUAUUUCGACCACAUUUUUACCGUUAAUGUUACCGGGUAUUAAAAUGAUGGUCAUGUUUGUCAUGAUGAUCAAUCAAAUGGCAUUUUCGAUGGCGUUAAUGUCACUGAUUCGUGGUAUGAUAUUUGGUCCAAGAGUUGAAGAUGAAAUUGUUUAUGUGAACAAAGGAUAUCAAAAUGAGAAAAAACAUCAUCAUCCACCGCCAUCUUUAAUUGUACCUAGUGGAGCGGGUGGCCCACCGAUUGGACACCAUGAAGAACCAAUACAUUUUGGAGACGCUUCACAAGUGUCGUUAGCAAAACAGGAACCACCGUUAAUUAUAAAUUCUAUGCCGGAGAAUUUUCACAAUUUAGCCAAUAAUUUUAUCCGUCAACAACCAAACUUUGUAAAUCAUCAAAUUAUACGACCGCAUUUCGUAAAUCAACGAGUAAUUCGACCAAUAAAUCCACAAAUUCAACAAAUGAUUCAUCCAAAUAUAAUUCAUCGUAAUCGUCCCGAUCAUGAAAUACAAAUAGCUCCAAUUCAUCAUAUUCCUCAGGCAGCGGUUAAACAAAUCCAUCAAAUUUCGACAGCGUCAGUUUCUCCACCUGUUCAUCAUGUUCCAGCGCAAGCAAUAGCGCCAAUUCACCAUAUACCACAAUUGCCGAAUCGUGAUCAAACUGUGUUUGUGCAUCAACAAGCGGAAGUGCCGGAAAUUGUUCGUUAUCCACAACCGAAUGUACAUAGUAAUGAAAUUCCAGAACAUCAAUCUCAUGACCUGGAUACGGGAUUAUUUGCUGAACCAAUUGGACAUCAACAAAACUUAGUUGUUCAUGAAAAUUGGCAUGAUUAAGUGAUAUAAAUGAAGACUGCUGCAUUACUUUAAUAAAAAAUAUCAGGAAAUAUUAACAGGAAAUCGAGUUUAAGAGAACUGGAAC